GAGGUUGUAGCUUUAUGGUAUCAUCAUUCCUAUCUGAUAUCUUAUUGAUAGUCUCUGAUUCUGUAGAACAAUAAAAGCUGGCAUUUAGUGUGCUCAGUGUAUGCACAUUUGUGUGAAUAUACAAAUUAUUUCGGACUAAGGAAUUGUUUUUCAUACUUAUAAUGUUGACCAUGAACUGUGAAAUUCCUCACACAGACACUCGUACGGAUGAACAUUCGGAUUGUGGAAGUGACUUUGAAAAUACUUCGCAUGUUGCUGAUUAUAGAUUAGACACAAACAUUUCUCUUACAAUGCCGACGAGCGGCCGCCGCCGGGAUUAUGAUACUCAUGUGUCUGACGAUUCGUCUUGUGAGGGCGACACAGAGCUAAGCCCGACCCCGGCAUCGAAACGAUUUAAAGGGGAGACUGAUAAUGAUACUGACAGCCUUUCAGCACAACACUUUUCUAAAGACAACCUUCUAGACGACAACGGUGUUAGACGUUACCGGACGGCAUUUAGCCGAGAACAGAUUGGUCGGUUAGAGAAAGAGUUCAUGAAAGAAAACUACGUGUCACGACCCCGGCGAUGUGAGCUAGCGCAGGAACUCAACCUACCUGAAAACACCAUCAAGGUUUGGUUCCAAAACAGGCGCAUGAAAGACAAGAGACAACGUAUGGCUAUGGCUUGGCCUUACGGUAUUGCAAAUCCUCAUCUAUACGCCUACUUAGCAGCAGCGGCCGCCUCCUAUCCGUAUGGACUCCCACAGUCUUCACCUGUGAACUUUUUCAACACAAUCGGACUGUCUCGUCCUUCUGUUCCUACUGUAUCACCUCCAGUUACUUCACCCAGCAUCGGAACACUCGGACAGUAUCCGUUUCCCAGUCCUUUGCGUCCCAGACCGGAAGCACUACCGGGAAUGUCGUCUGCGUUUAUAACUCGAUCUCCAGCCGUGUCUCACCAUACACCAUAUCACAGUUCACCUCUUUUCAGCGGACACGCUGUACAUAGAGGGCAUCCUUUAGACGGGAGCCAGCAGUUUAUGAACACUAGUGGUACAUUAAAUUCCAGUGGCGGAUCCAUAUCACCUUCCCUUGAAGACACAUCGUUAAACUCUAUCCACCAGGGAUCAACCCGAUUAUCCAGUACACCAAAUCCAUCUUCACCAGAGCAUAUAACACCGAAUUCCAAUUCGCCAGCACUUCCUAGCCCACAGACAAUGAAAGUUCCAACUUCCGUCCAAACAAGUACCACUCCUGCACUCUUCCGACCGUUUGACAUCGAUCGUACUUGAAAUGAAUUCUAGUUACUGGGAAGAACAGCGUGCAAGUUAAAUUGUGUAACAGUGCAUAAUAUUUAUGAUACACGAUUUACAAGCAAUGGAAUUGUGUAGUGAAAUGAUACAUUGUUUGUCUCAAGAUAUACACUGUAAAAUUAUCACAACUUUAUUUUAAAGAGCACGUGAAAUGAUUAUACAUUGAUAUUAGACACUUUGUCAAACGUCUUAUUUGUUAAAUCUUGUUGAUAUUUUUCAUUUUCUCGUUGUUUCUUGUAAAUAAAUCCUAAUGUGAAACUGAA